AUGAAGAAAGUAGAUGCUGAGAUAAUCCCAAACACAAGUCUUCUCCAAGUGAAUAUGCUCAUGAAAAAGGGAUCGAGAACUAAGAUGAUAGGAAUUGCGUAUAUUAUUGGAUAUAUUCUCAUGUGGACAACAAGCCCAUACCAGAAUGCAGCCUGCAAGAAACGAUCUGUGAUAUGGACUGUAAGUAUAGAAACCGUACCAUUCAUCAAACACAUUAAGAUCCAAAGAAUCAUGGAGCAAACAAUAGGCUCACAGUUGCCGCGCGUUCCAAUGGUGAAGAUUUUCUCAGGAACUCCUCGUAACUUCAAAAUUUUGUGGAUAAGAAACCCAACCAGAAGAUCUGCCGUGUGUAUGAUACAUCAGGAUCUGAUUAUCAUCGACAAU